CGAUGAACGCAAGCAGCUAGCUCGCUAGCUACACGUACGCACGCAUCAACCACCACAACAACCAUGCCGCAUCCCAAUAUUGCUGCUAGCUGCUCCCCCUCCUGCUUGCUCCUCGCCGUAGCCGUCACCUUCUUCUCGGCUACAGCCAGCAUCUCCCAUGGCGCCGCCCAUCACGCGCGGCGCGUGCCCGCACCGCCGGCGGCGUGCGUGGCGCGCGAGAGGGACGCGCUGCUGGCCUUCAAGCAGCGCGUCACCGCGCGCGACCCAGCGAGCGCUAUCUCGUCGUGGCGGCGAGGGGAGGCCGCUGCAGACUGCUGCCAGUGGGACGGUGUCGAGUGCGACAGCCGCACCGGCCGUGUCAUCGGCCUCGACCUCGCCAAUCGCGAGUUCGAUGGUAGGACGGGCGUGCUCGAUGACCAGGUGUCUCUUGUUGGUGACAUAAGCCGCUCUUUGCUCUCUCUGGAGCACCUGAGUGACCUCCAACUCGGCUGGAAUUUCCUGGAGGGGCGCACUGGUCGUCUCCCGGACUUCCUUGGCUCUUUCAAAAGGCUGGAAUCUCUUGGCCUCACCGGCAUACCAUUUUCUGGCACCGUGCCUCCUAAGCUCGGUAUGCCCGCUACUCUGGUCACGCUUGACCUUGGCUACAAUGCACUGGAUGAUGUUAUCACUGCAGAACACUUGAGUCAUCUAAACAGAUUAAAACACAUAGAUUUAUCUUACACCUCCUUAAAGAUUCAGAUUGUCUCGGAAUGGCAACCUCCCUUUCGACUGGAGUCAGCAUCUUUUCAAUUUUGCCAGAUGGGUCCACGAUUUCCUGCUUGGCUUCAAUCCCAAAAGAGUAUUGAUUCACUUGACAUGUCAAGUACAGGUCUUAGUGGUAAGCUUCCACACUGGUUUGCUACUACAUUUUCCAGGGCAUCUGAAUUGAACUUUUACAACAACAGUAUCACUGGAGAAUUACCAAAGAAAAUGAGAAAUAUGUCAUUGCAGAGACUUUUUUUGGGUUCAAACCAGCUUAAAGGUCGAAUACCUCACUUGCCAGUAAAUCUUACUCAGUUGGAUCUCUCCAGAAACUAUUUCAGGACCAUUACCAUCAAACCUUCCAAACCUGUCUGAAGUGGUACUUUUCUCCAAUAACAUCUCUGGCCGUAUUCCGAAAUCAAUUUGUCAAUCACAAGAUUUGGCUACCUUAGACUUAGCCAACAAUCGUUUGAAGGUAAAUUUCCUCGUUGUUUCAAUCCAAAAAACAUCGUUAGCGUGCUAUUAAGUAAUAAUAGGUUCACUGGCAAGUUCCCUUCGUUUUUGGAAAGGUGCACACAGUUAGUUUUCCUGGAUCUUGGAUGGAAUGAGUUCCAUGGAAGAUUGCCUGUUUGGAUUGGAGAUUUAGUGCGCUUAGAAGUAUUGGCUCUGGACCACAAUAAGUUUUUCGGUGGUAUUCCAGAUAAAAUCACUAAUAUUUCGUGCCUUAUACACUUGAAUUUGGCAGCCAAUAAUAUAUCGGGUGCAAUGCCUCGGCAUUUGUCAAAUUUUACAAGUAUGUCAGGUAGUAUUAAUGGUUGUGGUGAUAUACCUGAUAACAAUUCUCCUUCUGAGAAAGAUAAUGUGUCCGUGGUCACAAAGGGGAAAGAUCUUUAUUAUGAUGAUGCUGAAAUUCUUGACAUGGUAACCAUUGAUUUAUCCUCCAACUAUUUGACUGGAGACAUUCCACAAGAGAUAACCUCUCUCCUUAGUUUAAGAUGCUUGAAUUUGUCUGGGAAUCACUUGAGUGGAAAAAUUCCAAACAAGAUUGGGAUCCUGCAGUCAUUGGAAUCACUUGAUUUGUCAAGAAACAACCUUUCCGGUGAAAUCCCAUCGAGCCUCUCAAAUCUAACAUUUUUAAGUGACCUGGACUUGUCAUUUAACAAUCUUAGAGGAACAAUACCAUCAGGAUCACAACUUGACAGCCUCUAUACGGAGCACCCUCGUAUGUUCGAUGGCAACGGCGGUCUUUGCGGGCCACCUCUUGGAAAGAAUUGCUAUGUACCGCAGAAAGGUCACAUGAGAAGAAAAGAAAAUUUUUCUAAGAUACAGCCAUUUCAUGUUGGAAUUUUACUGGGCUUCAUUGCAGGUCUCUGGGUGGUUUUCUGCAUCAUGCUCUUCAAAAAAUCAUGGAGAAUUGCCUACUUCCGCCUGUUCGAUAGUAUGUAUGACAAAGUAUAUGUGCUUGUUGUUGUUUCUUGGGGCAAGUUUGCCCAGGAAAACUACUAAGUACCCACCCAAUGGCACAUCCCCUGCAUAGUGCAUAUUGUUGUUGUUGCUGUAGUAGCCUUUUCUUUAUCGCAAGUUAUGUGUAAUGUUUUUGUUGGGGUAGAAAUAAUGAGAGAUAGAGGCAUCGUUAGUAGUACUUGCUAAUUAAGUAUUAAUUUGAGAAUUAGCAAUCAGCAUAUAUUGUCAAUGUUUGGCUUAAUUAAUUCCAUCUCUGUAUAUGCACCAUAACUAGUGUGAGAUUUUGAAUUCACAACCUGUUUAUGCUACGUAGUGUGUCGAAUUUGUGACUCAAAAGUGCUAUAUAUUGUCAAUGUUGGCUUAAUUAAUUCCAUCUCUGUUUGAUUUUUUAGCUUCAUAAAAGGUGUUAACUGCAUAAUAUCGGCAAAAGAAAUGUAACACAGUACUCUUCUGUUAGGCACUCAUUGAUUUUAAGACCAAGUACAGGAUCAAUAUUUUUUGCUGAUGUAAUCCAUUUUUUGGUGAUCCCAAACCAUUAACAAUCAACGGUGCUAAUUUUCACAGAUUACUU